AUGGAUGAAUGGGACCUCCCACAGUGGAAGAAGGAAGUAGACAGCCUGAAAUACCAACUGGCUUACAAGAGGGAAAUGUCUUCUAAAACAAUACCUGAGUUGAUGAAGUGGAUAGAAGACAGCAUUCCAGAAGACCCAUUUCUGAAUCCAGAGCUGAUGAAAAGCAACCCUUGGGUGGAAAAAGGAAAAUGUACCAUACUCUAA